AUGUUAUCCAUACUCCGGAAGGCAAGGUUGAAGGACAAGGAGAUGAGGGUGUUAAUGUUAGGGCUUGAUAAUGCAGGAAAGACCACCAUCGUAAAGCAGAUCAUGCAUGAAGAUGUAAACACCGUGAGCCCUACCUUGGGGUUUAUCAUCAAAACAAUCGAAUACCAAGGGUAUGCCAUUUCCGUCCUAAUAUAUGUUUAG